AUGGCUUUCUCCAACCCGUUCUCUCGUGACAUCGAGGGCACUAGCCGGAACAUUCCUGCCUACCGUGCCUUCACUAUCAUCUCGUGGCUCCUCUUCUUUGUGGUAGCUAUCGUUUAUAGCAUCUCUCCUCCGCACGAUGGUCAUUGGGCCACUGGGACCAUCUUCGGUAUAAGCAAAGCACAUAUCACACCUUUCACACUCAGCCAUGCAUUCGUUGCCAUUUACUGGGUCUUCCUGUUCUGCAGCCAGAUCAGCUUCGUUGCACAAUUGUUUAGGAGGGAUGAGGCCGCUGUAACAGCUGCUGCUUCUGUUGGAAGCCAUUUCAUUCUUUUUAACCUUUUGCAAUUUGGUUGGAUUAUGCUCUGGACUCGCUCUCUAUUCUUCUGGAGUGACUGGUCUUGUUAUACCUUCGCAACCCUACCACACCAAGGCAUACUCGUUCACGUUCCGGCUGCCGCCAUGCCUUUGACGUGGUCAUUCUUCCUUGUUUUUUGGAACGGGUCUGUCAUGGUUGGAUGCCAUAGUCUCCCAUGUCAUGUCAUUGCCAACAUCGCCAUUUGGGGUAUUGCAGUCUUUGCUGGCUUCUUCCUCUUGGUAUUUAAGGAUUACCACGUUGGCUUCGCUACUACCUUCCUCACUGCUGGCUUGGGCGUUGGCCAAUUCUUCGCCAAGAUUAUCGCUCUCCAAUGGAUCUUUGCCUUUACGAUAAUGGCAAUCGUAUUCCUCUUCAGUUUGGCUGUCGCAAUACCUGGUAUUUAUGGAAGGGAAACCGGGGUGGAGGCUCGAGGUGGAGACAGGGAAAGAGCUCCACUGUUGCACGAGAGUAACUGAGGCAAAGCUCGAGCUACCUGGCGUUACCAACGAUCACGAGAGAGGGCAAAUGAUGAUUGAGUUUCAUGAAAGAUGGUUUCCGCUUCGGGUAGGACCAUGACGAAAUUUUCCUUCCCCCUAUUUUCUCCAUUGACUCCUAUUUCCUAGUUUCCAUAUUUGGGUUUUCUUUUUGUGUGUGUAUGACAAAGGUAUUUGCGCUCGAAAUGGGUUUCUUAUUUUCGUACUCGUGUUGGUACCCUUUGUUGUUCAGGUGAAUGGUAUCGAUGCUAGCGUUGAAUGAGAAUGGGAUUAUGGGUUUUUUUUAA